ACUGCAAGAUGGCUGCGCCCUGUGAUCAAUGGAAUUCCAGAGAGUUGAUUCCUCCACCCACUAAUUUCCUGAGAAUUAACUUAACAAGAUUGAAAGAUGGUGAGCAUUCACACUCCAAUGAUUGUUUGAAAGCUACAUUACAUUCCAUUUACAAUGGCAAGGAUCUCAAUGGUUCACUGCUGAAAGGGGAGCUAGUCACACUCUCUCGUUUCCUCUACAAAAAUAAGAAUUCCCAAAGGAGCUGGAAAUUGUAUGGACUACUUGUGAAGUUGAAAAAAUGUCUGGAAAGAUUAGCAGAGACUACAAUACACUCCUAUGCAGGCACUAUGCUAUCAGCUUGGGAUAGUUCCCUUGAGCCAUCGACCCCUGUAACCAGUUUUCCAAGUAGGCAAAUGCUGGAGUACUUAUGUGUGAGUCUCCAAGGAUGUGCCAAGCUCUGUAUCUUCCUAGCAUCUCUGUGUGAGCAAGCUGCACUCAUCAUGAUAGAGACUAUACAUAGUGGGAUGUUCCUGAGCAGCAACCUAGUCUUCCUGGCCAUUGUCAGUCGUGUCAGAGUCUUGAUUUGUAAUUUCUACAAAUCGGCAGUGGGAUGGUAUGAUAAUCUCAUAGCAGUGAGGUCUUCUUUGCCCUCUACAAAUUCUGAAUGGCUUCUCAAAGACACCCAGCUUCCCUCAUCCCUGACAGAAUGGCUAGGAAACGAGGCUACAAGACUUGCCUUAGAUGUCACAAGCUCAAAGAAUGCUUCUGAUGCCAGUCUGCUGGACAGGCUCUUCGAUACUAGUCUAGAGGUCAGUAUGGACACGGGAGACGGAGGAGAGAGGGAGGUCACUGCAGUCAGUCAGCUAUCAACAAAUACAGCUGUAACAAUACCAGAUCUUGGAGAAAAAUUGAGUCGAGCAGACUUGGCCUCAUUGGUGAUGGCAAGAAGUAAGCAGGGAUAUAAUCCUCAAGUCUCACCAAGAAAACAAGAUGGAGCAUCCAAGAAAGGGAAGGUGAAUGACAGAAUGACAUCACCCAGAAAGAGAAGGAGAACAAAAGCGCGUAGAUCAUGGCAUCAUACAGAGGAAGGACAAUCUCCAAAGGUUGUGAAGCAGAAGCUAAAAGUAAAAGGAUUUGGCUCAAAAUUAGGAUGGCCUACAAAGAAGUUUAAUAUUGGCUCAGUUCCUAGGUACGGUCAUUUGACAGAUAAUAUAUUUACUGGCAGUUCAAAGACACAAAAAAGAUCUCGGAACAGAAGCAAGCCAAAGGGAUUGGCAAGCUCCAUUCUAACCGCUAUGACAGUUCAGAGAGGUAAAGUUUGUAGAAGAACUUCUGUAAGCCAGAGGUUAGGGAGUUCUUCUUACUUUCGACGUAGCUUGUCUUCGGAGAGUACAUCAUCAAAUCACUUGGAUGCCAUCCAAAACCCUGAGAGAGGCAAGAGGCUACAGCAGCAUAUCACUAAGGUAAAGCAGAGAAAGAAGAGAAGUAGGUCCGGGGAUAAAAGCAGUGAUUGGAAUAGUCUAGUCAUCAAGAAUACUGCUGUGUCCAGUACUCCUAGCUCAGCAAUCCACACUGCUGCAGGUCCUUCGCACAAUUCAGGAAAUGGUUAUCGUAGGGAUCAUCCAGAAUUGUUCAGUUCUUCACCCAGUCACAUCUCAACCUUGAACAGAGGAAGACAAACAAAAGCAAGCAUGUCUUCUAUCACCCAGCCAUCUGCAGUGGAUACCACAAGCUACAGAGGCAGACAUUCAGCGCACCAAACAAGAAACAAACCAAAAGCAUCAAGUAAUAUAGCCAAAGAGCAAGGUCUUCCAGACAGCAUGUUGCCUUCCAGCAGGUAUGAGCCAUCUAAAGUCAGCACAGUGCAAGGCUCUACAUCAAAGUCAGCGGGAACAGUAAGCAUGCUGGGUACGGAGCCUAAACUUACUAAGAAGCGAAAAAUUGUGAAAAGAUUGAAGAAGUUGAAACAGACGUUCCUAGGGAAGAACAGAGCUGUAGGUAGAAUGCAAACUGUACCAGACAGUACACUGUACUAUGCAAAUCAAAUGAGCAUCCCAAGAAACGGUCCAAUGCGGAUUCCACAGCAUCAGCAGUACGACCUUCCUCACUUUGGGGAUCAACGUCAGCAUCAUCAUCACCAAUACAGCAUGGAGCAACAUGAUCACCAUAGCAACAAGCAGUGGAAGCAUGUUGAUUACAGUGAUCACCACGGUCACCAACAAGUACAAUUAUUACCAAAUGUCAGACACAAUUUGAGUCACAAGAUAUUCAAAAGGAAGGGACAGAAGAGUCACGAAACUUUAAUACCCAAGCAAGAAUUGGUAGUUGAUCAGAAUAAGGGAAACAAUAAAGACAAGGGAUAUACCAACCAUGAUAUGGAUUCCAUAUUUUCAAGUCUGCUUUGAUCAUAGACAAACAGGGCUCUCAAAGGUAACAUGAUGUUACAACUUGUGCUCCGGCAAUUUCUAACUCAAGUUGAAUUCCUGGCUUUAACUCAGGACCAAAUAUUUUAUCUAACCCUAAUCAAGCUAUCCCUAAACUACUUGUAAAACCCAGUCGCUACUCAUCUCUGAUUUUUGCUCGAAAAUACUUGAAAAUUGAAAGGGUGACUAAGUAAAACGUAAUUAACUUUGUAUCAAAUGUACCUGUAAUCACUAAUGUAGUUAUCUUGGACUUUCAUGAAAAUGAUGACAUUGAAAUGCAAGUGAAUCAACGUCUCUAUUUUUUUAGGCCUAAUCAAGAUUUCUAUCAAGAAAGGCAUUAUUUCAAAGAAAGCUGGAACAUCAUCGUCAAAAUUUCAGUGGUUAUGGAAAUGAAAAUAAAAUCAUUAGAUAUAUUCUAGAGAAGUAUGUUAUGGAAACAGUAGAUAUCAACCUAACAUUCAAACUAUGUUAUUGGUGUAAUUGUGUACCUUACAAGUCUGUUUGCCUCUUUUUCCCUGGUAGAUACUGCUGGCAUAAUUUUUGUUUUCUUCAAUUUGUCUAUUCACUUCAAUUUGUCUAUUCACUUCAUGUUAAGAUGGCCAAUUUAGAACCUCAACCUGAACCUCAUUAUCUAUUGGAUUAAACUGAUAUGAAAGGGUUUCAAGAUUAAUUAUCAUACACUUUGGAUCACAACAAAUCUGAGAAAGUUAUUUUGUAACUUUUUUCUAACUUUCAUAACUUGAGAAUCAUUAAUGGAAUUUUAAAAACUAUGAGAAUAGAAAUAUGAUUUCACAGUAUUUUGAAUUAAAAGGGUUCAUAGCCUAUACAUGUAGUUGUAAAAUAAACAUACUUUGUUCAAGCUAUAGCUUACAAGAACUAUUGAAGCAAUUAAUCUUAAGCAAAUUUUACUAUAGUAAAUAUAAGCUUAGUAUUUAACCCUUUAAUUGCUCCAUUUUUCAGAGAAUCUAAGAAAUAAAAUAUUGUCUGUUUGGAAUAAGAAAUGCCCAGUCACAAAAUUUAAACUAGUCUUACAGAAUAGUGAAAGCUGGAAUGAAAACAUGUACCAAACCAAACGGGGAAUCCUCCAUUUGCAGUAGUACAUACUUGUUUUAUUUCAUUAUUAUGUAUCCUGAAUAUAUGUAUCUUGAUUUAUCAUACUAGUAAGCAUCCAUGCAUUAUGUCCACAAGUGAGAGAAUAUAGGGACAUUAUUUAUAUUCACAAUUGCCAAUAUAGCUUUGAGCUAAUACCAGAGAUGAAAAGUGUAGGAAAAUCAUGAUUCAUAGAAUAAAAUGUAAGACAUGUA